UUUCGAUUUACUUAAGCUCCAGCACUCGGUUGGCCCCGCCGCAGUCUCUUGGGAAACGCGCUUGAUGAACCACCCGUGAACGCGUGCUCUCGCAGCAUUAUGCGGACUACAAACCUGGCCCUGUUGCUGCUCUGCUUCUACAGGAUGAGUUCCUGUUACGAGGAAAAGGAUUUCAGCUGCCUGCAUGAAGACGUCCUUAUUCCGACUACGUCAGUGUGCAACGGCGUUGUGGACUGCGUCCCUCCCUCCGACCCUAGUAGCAGCGAUGACCUUUCCGAUGAAAGCUCGGAUAUCUGCGCUACGGGGUAUUUGCUGAACACAGACAUUUCCUUUGAGAACCCUGACAUCACAAGGACGUCUGCGCAUCUUUAUUGGUCGGUGCUUACAACGAAAUCGCAAAAGCACUCAACAAUGAAACUAGCCGGUUACUUUCUGACAGGAAAGUCAGUUCCACACUCGUUCCAGAACAUCGUAUCAGGACGACUUCAUUCGUACCAGGCACACUGGUUGAAGCCGUGGACCAACUAUACGUUAAUCCUGAGGCCAUUCUACACUGAAAGUGGCAAGCCCCAAACCACGUAUCGCAUUGGGAAAGCGGCUACUAUGAACUUCCAGACAUUGCCCGCGGAGCCCGAGGCACCUGAUUUGGUGUCCGUGCUCUCCACCCGUCGUCGUGACGUUGUGCUCAACGUCGUCGGUCCUUCAGCUUGGAACAGCGACCCGGUUGGUUUCCGCGUGCGUUGGAACGCCACCAGCGAGUUCCGCGGUCCUCAGGGCGAACUACUAGUGACGCUACCGCUCGACUGGUCGCCCGUGGAGAACGCUCUGAACGUGACGUUGCCACUGCCGGGCGGAAUCGAUUACCUGGUGUCUGUGGUGGCCGUUGGAGCAGACGGCUCGGGCGAGAGACUCGAAGGGCCCCAACAGGAGGUCGAGGUCAACGUUCCUCUUGGUUCUUGUGAGGUGUCGGCUUACGCUGUUGACUCCACUACAGCACUUAUAUCUUGGCGCGCUUCGGAUCAGGUGGACAUGUUUCGAAUGACACUGUAUAUCGAUUCGGGCGAGAACGAUAUCCAAAUCCACACUGUCCGGAAGUUUGACGCAAUGCAAAAGGUGACUUCAAGGCACAGCGUUCCUAUUGCAAACCUGCAACCAUGGAAGUACUACGUCGUGAGCCUCGAAGGAUGUUCCGCAGAAAAGUGCAGCGACGCCGUCAACGCAACCUUUACCACGCCACCUGCAAGAAUUCCGAGUCCCACGUUGACAAAUGUUGAAUCUACAAGCCCCAGUACCUUCGAAAUCACCUGGCAAUUCUCCCAGAACGAUACUCGUCUCUACGACGGUUUCCGAGUGCGAUACUGCCCAAGUAAUGCUGACUCGUGUUUUCUGGUUCAGACCAAAGAAAAACAAUUGACAGUGCAUGGUCUGGCUCCUCAGACAACCUGCCAAAUCUACGUGGAAGCAAAGUGCAAGAGCUUAGAUGGAAAGCCUCUGCUGGGAUCUGAAGCCACAGCUUCAGUUACUACGUGGAGUGACCUUCCGGUAAUGUAUUUCAAGAAGGAAGCUGAAAUUAAAGGUGCGGCGAGCCCCUGUGUACUGAGCUGGACUUGCACCAACAGCAGCGUCGAUUACCUCCAGUACAAGACAACGGCGUCAGGAGGGUGGACCACCUGCAAUGGCACAGCUGAGUGCGAUGUCACCGUGAACCACGGACAGACACCGGCGUUCACGAGCGGCUACCUGAGACUGACGGACCCUCUGCCAGGACACAACUCUGACUCUCGCUUUACAGUUCGCGGCUGCAAUAUUCAUGGAUGUGCACUAGAACAUGCGUUUUCAACGAGCACGGCUAAUGCAGGUCCAGCAUCGUUACCAGCAGCUACAGUCAUUCCAAAGGAUGGAAAAACACAACUUCGAUGGAAUGUCACUGGUCGACACAAUUUCGGCGGCAUUGAAGUCACGUGGCACUGCUACGACAACAAAAGUAUUAGCUAUCACAAGAUAAUAUCAUACAGCAAUUUGGUACCCCAAAUACGGCAGACCAGUCGAGGUGAGCCACAAGUGCUUCACUUGGCAACUCUGACUUUUGAAAUUAGUUGUAGUUAAGAACAUUGUCUUGACAUAUCACUACCAUAACUCCUCCUUGUAGUGCGUGCAGAUUCCAACUUCACCAACGGCAUCACCAAAGACGCUAUGCUGGUUCUACAAGUCUUGUUUCUAUGUUUCUUGCCUCCCUUAUUUACAAAUAUUUACGCGUAUUUAUGCAAACU